UCCUUUUUACCAGAGUAAAUGAAAAAGGUAUCGUAGCUUAAUGUAGACACAAAAUGAAAUAAAUUUGGUUUUAAAUAUCAGUCGUAUAUAAAUUAAAUAUACGUCAGAUUAAUUAAUAAUAUUCUUCCAAUUAUAAACAAAGAUUUUUAAAUAAUAUAAUGAAAAUCAAGACAAUUCUUUUUGUAACGUUCAUCCUUAUCACAGUAAAUAUUUCCUGUACACCUGAUAUUCUUGAUAGAAGAUGCUUAAAUUGUUUUUGCCAGGCCCAGACUGAAUGUGAUAGGUCAUUUCAAUGUUUAAACGAAAGUAUUAUUUUGUGUGGACCGUAUUUAUUAGGUUAUUCGUUUUGGGUAGAUGGACAUAAACCCGGACGGGACGAUUCCAAGAAGGAUUUUGAUAAUUUUAAACGAUGUUCAAAGAUUAAAGCGUGUGCGGAAGAAAGCAUACAAAAUUACAUGAAGGAAUAUAGCAAAGAUUGCAAUGAUAACAAUAUAGUCGAUUGCGCCGAUUACUUUCUAAUUAUAUUGGGAGGACCAAACUCUUGCGAUGAUAAGAAGUUUCAGGAAAGAUUUGAAUGGUUGAGAUUUUUAGAAUGUUAUCUUAAUACAGCUACGGACGUUGAAGAAGCAUUGAUUAGCGCGGGCUUAAAAAAAUUCAGAUUUUAAUGAAUAGUUGUGAAAACACAUCUUUAAAUAUUCAAGAUGCUGGAAGGACAAUAGUAAUCAUUUACAAUUUACAAUCGAGGGAAUAUGUUUCAGUAUAAUGAAAUAUUAUUGAUAAAACCUGAAUAUUGUUUUCAAAUUUUACAUAUUAUAAUUGAGUUUAUUGAGAAUAAAUCGAAAUAUUUUCACAUUUCUUUCUAAUAAUUUAAAUAUAAAUGAAUAUUCUAAUGUUUAAUGUUUUGAUAAUUAUACAAACGAACUCUAGAGGACUAAAGAGCCUUGUUCGCCCUUUACUGGUCA